CACUAGCAUUCUACGCACGAUCAUCGUAUGUGGAGGCUAUUGCGCUUUCGAGCAUUCCAACCACACCGCGAAAAGUAGGAAAACCGCUUCUUAUUGCAAAAACAUCUUCACCACCCUUAAUUGUUGAGAAUAAUGAAAUUGAAGAUGACAGCCGCGGGAUUGUUCUUGCCGUGGGGGCGAGCGGAGCAGAACUCGUGCCAGAGACGGCCUUUUCUCAAAUAUCAAUGCCUACAACUUCUACCACGGACACAAUUAUCGCACCAUUUGUAUUUUCCGACUUUCCAAUUAUUGUGGAUUUGGCGGAGGAUCACGGUGACAAUUCACUAGGAGCCGGCGACUGGCGCCCAACCUUGCAACUAGCGCUGAGUUUUCUCAUCGGCCACGGUGAUCCUAUUCCGACUAGAUCCGGCGGGGGAGAUGGGAGUAAAAGUCUCUUGAUUGUCGCGCGUCCUGGUACUACCCCAUUUAAUUUUCUGAAAAAGUAGAAGAUGCUCGGUAUCGCCAGCUUAUCAGACUCAGUAGCAUAUCCGCAGCGACAGCAGAUUUUCGAAUUAUAUUUUGAUGUUGAAUUCCAAUGAAUUCAUUUGUUAGUUCCUAAUCCUACCUCUCACUCUAUCAAUCUCGAGCACCAAAAAUGUUUGUAGAAGUCGUGGUCGUGGCGCGCUUGUUUUCUUCUCUGCUUGUAACUAUGUAGUCACUGCUCAGUGCCACUCGCUCUCCUUUGUUCUGUGGCGAGUAGGAUGAUUAGCGAUAUCCACGACUGUUCAUAAAAGGCAGACAAUCAACAAGCAUAUGGUCUAAUGCAUUAUGUACGACUGACAUACGAAAAAAUUGCAAAUUAUGAAAGGCAUAAUAACCCUAAGACAUAUAGUUAUGGAUAUGAACGCGCAAGAUGGAAAAACAGGCAUCCAGAGUUCGGUCGCAGCUGAGAUUCAUAACUUUAUUGUGGCGAAAUCCAUCGACAACCAGUUGAACUUUGUGGAACCCCGCGAACUCGUCAACUUCGCUUCUUCUUCUACUGAUGACAUACCUGGGUAUGGGGGAGAAGUUGCUAGCACAACUCCUCGCGACGAUAUUACUGCCUCCUCAUUUGCCACCAUUAGAGGACCCGAAGAAAAAAUAGUCACUUCCUCGGAUGAAGACGAACCUACCAGUAGUCAAUUGCCUGCUAGUAUUACCGGGGGCCAGGGUGAGAAAGAUAAUCGCCGCCCCGAAGUAGUUGCGAGAGUGGUCUGGGAGAAACGGGAAAGUACAUCAAUAUCGAACCCUCCGAGUAAUAGGAUCCGGGUCUUCCUUUGCAUCGUGAAAGAGCCUAACAAGAAGUACGGGGCAAACACGAAGGCCUUUUAUCCCGAUUGUUUACAACAUGUCUCCUUGGUCAGAGAAGAUUAUGAUCAUGAGACAAGUGGAAGAGAAGUAGAGCUCGAGAAUUGGCAAACAUGGACAAAAGGGCGCAAGUUGUUACAGUUGAACGGAAACUCCUUCCAACAUGCUGUGGACUGGAGAGGACAGCUACGUCGCUGGGUCGAUCUCAUGAAACAAGGUUCAUCACAACUUUUUUCAGCUACAACUGACUCGUCAUUCUCAUCUACUAUCCUUCAUCAUUUGUUAUGACUCUCUUGUUUUGAAAUGUCCUCAGAAAUGUUGGCUUAAAAAGGAAGAUAUAAUAUUUAUGGAUUUUUAUCAGGAACUCGAACUCGUCCCUCAAACUUUCCUUCAUUUGACAUUUUUCGAUUUUUUCAACAUCAACAGGAAGGAGGACUUUGCCGACAGAAGAAGCGUUACCUUACGGCAUCCCAACACAAAGGAUUGGCUUUGUGCUAGGAGACGAGAAUCAUGCGGCACAGCGUAUGGAAAUGGGCACAUUAUUUGGAACGAGGUUGCAAGAGCAAUUGUCUGCCAUCGGACGGAAUGUACCAACGACAACGCGCGAAGUUGGCUCUUUGAAAUUACAGCUGAAUGCUCUGCCAAGUUUGCAGUCCCAAUUGACACUGGAGAGCUACGUAGCCUAUCAAGCCUGGAAAACGCAAGCGGGUGUUGAGAUGGAGUCUCCAAAUGCAGAGAACAAGCAGGACAUCCGGAUUUGCAUUAGUUGGAGCAGUUUGGGAAAUGGGAACACUGGCGCUCCUUGGAAAAAAAUUCUUGCGCUUGUACGCGUACUUGAAGACAUCGUCAUCGCGUACGACGCGGAUGCGCAGAAGUCACAGGAGACGAGGAAAGUGCAUGUUUUGUUAGUUGUUCCCCCGGGUUCGAGGGAGCAGCAAGAGCAAAUACAUAACGCCCUUUUGUCCAAGGAAAGAACUCGUCCAGGCGCCAAGCAAAGACACUUAUUCAAUCUCGUGUUUCUAGAGGCCAGAGCGAAGAUCAAGUCCGCGAAGGACGUCGUCACCGCACAAGCCUCGAAUAAUGGAGAAAAAGAUGAUACUAGUACCCAUCAGGGUGGCAACAUGGUUGCAGGCAAUAUGGUUCCUUUUUUGAAGCUGUGGCACGAAAGUAAAAUCAACUUAAUUCUGACGUCAACUGGACAGGCUGCGGCAACCGAUGGUUUGUGGGUGAGUGGGGCCUUGAGUAAGGCAGGUUGGGGCCCAACUAUUGUGAUCCCGUACUUUUAUGGACAGGGACACGAUGCGCCAAGCAACCGAGCUAUGGUCGCGAGGCAGCAUACGCAAGAGCACCAGUGGGUGCUAGCGCAAAUCGCGCCCUGGGAUCUGUCAAUUAUGGCAGACGUGUUGCCUUACACUUAUACCCAUUCGCUCCCUGUGCUUUUGCGAGGGAAGUUUAACAGUCUAUCUUCAUCGUGUCCACCAUCAUCGCGCCUCAUGGAAGUAGAUAAACAUGAUGUUGACGGCAAGCGCAAGAUGAGGGAUGAUCCAUUUGUCAUGGCGGUGAACGAUUUUGCAACACGACACUUUUUAGAAGGAAGAAGUCCUCCACAGUCCUUCAAACAGCUACAAUAUCUCUCCGAAGAGUUCAGGGAGGAGCAUAUGCCAGCUGUUUUAGAACGGCUCUUUCGAAUGGUCAACGAAGUGCAGCCUCGACCCCCCAAAGGAACAUUGGUUACUGGCCACGCGAUAAGUGGAGACGAGCCAAUUCCAAUGGAAAAGUCGAUAUACGCACAAAACUGCGAAAAAAUAUUCAACAUUAUCGGAGAUCUACGCGCCGGGGACUCAAAGGGAAUAACGGAGGCACGUCGACAGAUUCUACGUAUGUAUCAAUCUUCGCGGUAAAUGAUACAUACUGAUAAUUACAACAGACUACUAGUGUUUAGCAACGGUAACAGUUAUAUAAUAUUGGUAUCCGUACUAGCCAUUUUGGCUCAAGGCUAUCAAUCUAUACAUUUUCCCCGUUUCCAUGAGGUGUGCUGCAAAUCUUGAUUGGCUUCUUCCUUUCUAUCAGGUUGCGGCUUAGGUCCAGCGGCGCCCAAAGCACUAAAUAAAACAACCGGCUCGCUUUUACCUCUAGCGUGUAGCCCUUCCAACAGUAUCGGUAUUGAGGAAACAAAUAAAGAAUAGAAGACGAAGAGAGAACAAUAUUAGUAUUGCGGAAACACGAUUACGACCGUUCUCAGGCAGAUCGAGCAACAACAGCGUCGGCUCCCCUAAUAUUGACUGAUAUCGGUACUACAUAGGGAUCAGCCUGCUACUUCUGCAGUCGUUUUCUAUUUUCAACACACUAGAUGCGUGGUGCAAGUGUUCUUGUCGGUGUACGGACAUGCCCUUCCCCAUGCAGCAUGGAUUGGUGUUACGUCAGUAACACUGCGUAAGUACUCA